AUGACAUCUACAUAUACUUAUGAAAGCUCUCAAUAUUUCAAAUACUCAACCCCGGAUGUUGAAUUAAUCGUCGGACAGGGAGAAGAUAAGGUUACUGUCCAAGUUCACGAAUCUGUCAUUGGCCCUCCUUCAGAAUUCUUCAGAGCUGCCCUCAAUGUCGGGCUCAAGGAGACAAAUGAAAGGAAAAUCCACCUUCUUACAAUUACAUGGGUCGGCAUGGAAGAAGUUCUGAACUGGCUAUACCGGAGAGAGGUCUGGAGACCGAAACGUCAUAAGAGGUUUUCUGCAGAGGCCACGGCAAAAUUUGUCGCUAUCCUGGAUGCAGUCGACUUCCUUCAAAUCCCGCAGCUAAAGGAUGAAUACCAGAAGAUGUUGGAAGAAUUCAUUGCUACAAUAGAUAUAAACUCCCCUUUAUUGGAAAGCCAGGAAGAAGGCGGGUGCCUCGCGAUCGUACUCCAUGAGUUAUACAAGAUUGGAAGGGAAAUUGAUGGCAAUCGAUUUUACUUGUUCAUGAAAAAUCUCAAAAAGCAUGGGUCACGAUUCCCUGAUAGCAUGAACGGAUUCCAGGGUUUCCGGGAGGUCACAAAUGAGUUGAAGGAGCCCAAUACGAGAUUUUUGCAUGAUCUUUGCAAAGCUUAUAGUUACUUGUGA